UCUCAAAAAUUUACUGAGAAGCUUCAGUUUUUGUAGUGUUUUACAAAUUGAUGAAGUUUUGAAUGAGAAAUAAUCAAAAUACCUAACAAUGGGUGCCAUAAGUAAAUUAAGAAUGUUUAAAUAAUCGAAAAUCACAAAUGGCUGCGGAGACUCUGUUAAAAACGAGCAAGCAAUCGAAGUAUAUAUCGUAUAGGAAAAUAUUGUAUCAUAGAUUUUUCGUGGGGCUCUUAUUGUUUAUCUUGAUAUCUCUAGUGUUAAGUGUUGUGUGCAAUAUAUUCGCGGGGAGUGCGCCUCGUGUGGAUUUCCACGAAACUGUCAACUUGGAUGCAGUUAGUUGGCCAGUUUCGACUCUUCCGAGAAGUGCUUCCAAGUCUACGUCGCGACUUGCAAACUGCACUUACUGGAACUGCUUUAACGUAUACAAAUGUGGGAGAGGCGGCCACGAUAAGAUAACGAUUUAUAUUUAUCCCCUAAAGGACUACAUAACGGAGGGGGGUGAGAGCAUAUCCAGGUUUUCUAGAGAGUUUUAUGAAAUUUUACUCACGAUAAAAAAUAGUAAAUAUUACACGUCCAGUCCAGACGAGGCGUGCCUGCUAGUGCCCAGUAUUGAUACAUUGAACCAGAAUUAUUUUAACGGUGAAUAUGUAUCCCAAGCACUUCAAUCUCUCGACCAUUGGAACAAUGGAGAAAACCAUCUCAUUUUUAACAUGGUUGCCGGAGUCGCGCCGAACUACAACACAGUCAUUGAUCUCAACACCAGCAAAGCUAUUAUAGCAGGAGCUGGUUUCGACACAUGGACAUUCCGUUACGGCUUCGACAUAUCCCUACCUCUCCACAGUCAUUUAGCACAAGAAAUAGACAGUACGCAGCCGGAACAGAAGAAAUUUAUGAUAAUUUCAGCACAAUUAAAUAUACCAGACGAUUAUUUAGCAGAAUUGCAGAGUAUAGCGUCGUCGUCCAACGAUUUGCUAUUACUCGAUAGAUGUAAGAUAUCAGAUGUAGGUUAUAAGAAACGUUGUGAAUAUACCACGGGAACGGUAUUCGAUUAUCCGGAUGUACUAAAGGAGGGGAUGUUCUGUCUAAUAGUUCGUAGUGCUAGAUUAGCGCAGUCAAUUUUAAUGGAUAUAAUUGCCUCACAGUGUAUACCAAUAAUAAUUGCGGAUACCGUAGUCAUGCCUUUCAAUUCUCACGUGGAUUGGAACAAAAUAGCUUUAUUUGUACCUGAGGAGAAUAUUAGGAGUUUAGUGAAGAUAAUUCAUUCGGUUAGUAAGGAGCGACGCGGUGAGAUGUAUUGGCAACUGCGAUGGGUUUAUGAGAGGUACUUCUCUAGUAUAGAGAAGAUCACACUGAGCACUUUGGAGAUUAUAAACGAGAAGGUGUUUCCGUUAGCCGCCAGGAUGUAUGAGGAGUGGAAUAUGCCUGAACAUUUGUACGGUCCCGUGAACCCCCUGUUCCUGCCAGUGACUGCGCCGAAGUCACCAGGCUUCACGGCGGUCAUCCUGACAUAUGACCGCGUGGACAGCCUGUUCACCCUCGUCAGGAAACUGGUGAGGACGCCGAGCCUGGCCAAGAUCCUCGUCGUGUGGAAUAACCAGAAGAAACCACCUCCGCCAUCGUCCGAGUGGCCGGUGGUGAACAAGCCGCUGAAAGUGAUACGCACCAAAGAGAACAAGCUGUCGAACAGAUUCUUUCCCUACGACGAAAUCGAGACUGAGUGCCAGCUGACCAUUGAUGAUGACAUCGUAAUGCUGACUCCUGACGAGCUGGAAUUUGGUUUCGAUGUGUGGCGGGAGUUCCCCGACCGGAUAGUGGGGUUUCCAUCGCGUUUGCACGUGUGGGACAACGUCACCAACACGUGGAGGUAUCAUAGCGAGUGGACUAACCAGAUAUCCAUGGUGCUAACGGGUGCGGCGUUCCAUCACAAGAUCUGGUCGUGGUACUACACGUACAAGAUGCCCGCGGAAGUGCGCACGUGGGUGGACGACAACUUUAACUGCGAGGAUAUUGCCAUGAACUUCCUGGUCGCUAAUGUCACCAGGAAGCCGCCUAUCAAAGUGACCCCCCGCAAAAAGUUCAAAUGUCCGGAAUGUACGAACACGGAAAUGCUCUCGGCGGAUGCGCGCCAUAUGUCGCAGAGGUCCGCCUGCAUCGAACGCUUCGCGCGGAUCUACGGCCACAUGGCCUUGAAGUCCGUGGAAUUCCGCGCGGAUCCGCUCCAGUAUAGGGAAACGGCUGCGGGAAUUCCGCACGCCUAUCCCGAUAUCGGUGCUUUGUAAGGUAAGACGGCGUGGGCUCUCUGGUUCAGAAACUAUCAUAAGAAGAAACUUAUCCGUGGAAUUCCGCGUAUCCGCCGCGGUGUAGAGAAACGAGUGCGGGAAUUCCGCAGGCCUAUCCCUAUACUGGGGCUUUGAGGUUGGGUUCGGGCCCUCUGUUUUAGUAACUAUUAUAAGAAAAGAAAUUUCAACAAAACUUAUAUUAAUUUAUGCUUACUUUUCGGCACUUUUGUAUUCAGCAUAUUUUAAAAUUUGAAAAUGAAAGUGUGUUAAUAUAAAGAAUUUUCAGACAAAUGUUCUCUUUUUUAGAUGUCAUAGGCAAUGUUGUCUUUUUAAUUUGUCCCCUUCAGGACAGGCAAAGAUCAUUGACCAUACAGCCUAAUUAACAUAGCUAGUAUAUUAUAGCCUUUUUUUUAUUCUUUUUAAAACAUACUAUACACUAAAAAGUAUCUGAAAGUAUCGUUUUUAUAAAAUCGGUAG